CAGGAAGACCUGUCAAUUCCUCCCAAAUCCACAGCGAGCACAACUUAACGGCACAUACGCACAGGGGCCACGUAGGGCUUUUUUCUUCGAACAAAAAAACCAAACCAAACCAAACAAAACCAAACAAAACAAAACAAAACAACAAGAAGAAGAAGAAGAAGCCAGCAACAUUGCGACACUCGCCGAAACCGACGCGGGCGCCACAUCCACAGCCCUCCAUGCUCGUGCAACCGGGCGGGUGUUAAGAUCCAUGGAAGUGGCCGGUUUCUACGACGAGGGCAGCUUUGCUAUCCACGCGAGAGACGGCAUUCUCAACCCCGGCGGCUCGUACUGGAGGCUCGGCGACUCCAUGACGGAGUUGGGCAUCGAGGAGCGGGAGAGAGCGAUCGACUUCAGCGUCUACUUGGACCCGGCGGCGGCGGCGGCGGCCGUGCACUGCCCGCAACCGGCGGCGCACUCGCACUCGCACUCGCACCCUCAGCAGGGCGACGUCUUCUCCGACUUCCUGGCGGAGAAUAAGCUCAAGAGAGCGGCCAACGUCAAGAACUACACGCUGCUCAACGAGCUGGAGGCGGUUCAGCGAGACGGGCCGCGGGACCCCCGGGGGCCGCCGUCGUACGGCUACACCGACCUCCAGGAGACGCGCGUGGACAGCGUGCUCGCCUCGGAGCUGGCCCGCUACCGAGCCGCCAGAGACGACGGCAACCAGGAGGACGUGAAGAUGGAGAACGGCUCGCCCGCCGCCUUCGACAUGCGCCCCUACCUGCAGUACCAGUCCACCGGGGGCAGCGUGGGCAACAUCUCCACGGCGUCGUCCACUUGCUCCAGCCCGCCCGGCACCCCCGCGCCGGCGGGUCAGAGCAGGUCCCCGAGGUCCCCGUCGCACGGGCCCAAGCUCUCCGGCGGCAAGGCGAAGAAGCGCCUGGACAAGGACAGCGAGGAGUACCGGCAGCGGCGCGAGAGGAACAACCUGGCCGUGCGCAAGAGCCGCGACAAAGCCAAAAUGCGCAACAUGGAGACGCAGCACAAAGUGUUGGAACUGGCGGCGGAGAACGAUCGUUUACAGAAGAGAGUGGAGCAGCUGUCCAGGGAGCUGGCCACCCUGCGCAACCUGCUCUCGGCCACCGGCCAGUGUUAGACGCCCGGGCCCGGGCCCGGACCCGGACCCGGACCCGGACCCGGACCAGCACCAGCCUUUUUGCUCCCUCCGCGGACUCCAAACGUUGUUCGGAGGGAUGCAUGGUGGUACGGCAACCAGUUUACAAGGACACUUUGCAAUGAGACUGAAGAAGUGGCUUGCACGGAUUGCGCAAUCACGCAGCAGUCUUCUCUUCUUUUCUUUUUUGGUUUUUUUUUUCUUUUUUUUUGGGGGGGGGGACGCCUUAGCUCUCUUCUUGUCGUCUAAUCGUGUGUAUGCAGUAUUUGUGCGUGAAUUUCGACGUAAACGUGUCGAAGUGGAACAGCGGCUGCUUGUCAAACGAAGAGUUUGUGCUGCAGUGAAAUGAUGCAACUCUUUGUAAUAGUAUGGGCAAUGGAUGAAAUAAGUGGAAUUAUUUAAUAUCGACGAGGUGACAUGCAUUAAUUGUACUUGAUAUUUUAUGGAAUUAAAACCAUUUCUACUUUGGUCGAAACUA